AUGCCGUCCCAUCACGCCCCAUCCUUGCUGGAAGCAACAUCGUCCGUUUCUCUCAAGAAUGGAAGUCGAAAUGAGUUUGUAACGAAUAUUUCCCCUGACUGGUGCUCACAGCAUUCUGUGUUGGGAGGUUAUCUAAACGCAUUAAUACUGACUGCCACACGCAAAUUCGUUGAUCAAGAAUUCGGCCAGGGCCGAUACCCUGACCCCAUUCAUGUAUUUGUACAGUUUUUGCACAUGGUUUCACCAGGCCCCGUGUCGAUAUCUUGCAAGCCGCUUCGCACCUCCUCCCGACAGUGCGUUGUGCAGGCGGAACUCACAGGGCCACAAUCCCCCUCCGACGGAUCGCAAGUCUCUGCCACUGUCUGCAUUGUCACAUUUGCAGACUUAACCAAGGAGAGCGGUCUCACUCAAGAAACCAAGCCCUCAGUUGCGACCCCAAUCCCCAACCGCGAAACAGAAUGCGUCAGAAUUGAUGGUCCUGUCGUCGACGCUACUCCGAUAGCACGAAAGUUGCAUUUGGUGGCUCCAUUUUCUCCAGACGGUCUUUGGGGUCACAGGCUGGGAGGACACCGUAGAGAGCUCUGGCUGUCAUUUCGCGACGGCACUAAAAUCUCGAGCCUACUUCAUUUGGCCUUCUUUGCUGAUACACCCCUCCAACCUCCCGCUACCCACCAGGCUGGGUUCUAUUCACAAUAUGCCCUCUCUACACUCUGUCUCUCGUUGGAGUUCAAAAAGCGGCCCGACCCAUCGACCGAAUGGGUCCUCAUUCGAUCCAAUUCCACUCAAGUAUCCGAGGGCCGGUACGAUAUGAACAUGGAGAUCCUUGAUGAAGCGGGGGAUUUGCUUGCGUUAAGCAAUCAUGUUGUAUAUGUUUUCAAUUUACGGUCUCGGACGAAGAAGGCAUCCAAAAUAUAG